ACUCAGUACUAUGUCGCAAACGCAAUACUUGAGAAAGAGCUUUUAUUUUGAAGCGGAGCUGCUGCGGCUUCCGGCGGAUCUGAGUCUGCGCGAGCGCAAACGCUCGGUUUUGAGCGCUGGUCGGAGAGUCGCGAGGACUUCAGAGGCGGUGCCGCUGCCGUGAGGACGCAGAAUGCAGACCAUUAAGUGUGUUGUGGUGGGCGACGGGGCAGUGGGCAAGACGUGCCUCCUCAUCUCCUACACCACCAACGCCUUUCCCGAGGAGUACAUCCCCACCGUCUUCGACAACUACAGCGCUCAGAUGAGCGUGGACGGCCGUACGGUCAGCCUCAACCUGUGGGACACGGCGGGGCAGGAGGAGUACGACCGUCUGCGCAGCUCUCCUACCCGCAGACCAAACAUCUUCAUCAUCUGCUUCUCCAUCGGCAGCCCCUCGUCCUUCGCCAACGUGCGGCACAAGUGGCACCCGGAGGUGACCCACCACUGCCCCAGCGCUCCCAUCCUGCUGGUGGGCACCAAGAGGGACCUGCGCACGGAUUCGGAGACGGUCAAGAAGCUGAAGGAGCAGGGCCUGGCGCCCACCUCUCACCAGCAGGGCGGCGCUCUGUCCAAGCAGAUCGGUGCGGUCAAGUACCUGGAGUGCUCCGCGCUGCUGCAGGAGGGCGUGAGGGAGGUGUUCGUGGAGGCCGUGCGCGCCGUGCUCUACCCCGUUACCAAAAAGAAUACCAAGAAGUGUGUGCUCUUAUAGUCGGCCGUGACGGAGAUGAACUCGCAGGGGGUCCAUCCUGGUGUCUGUAUCCAUCUCGUCUCACUUUCUCGCUCUUUAAGGACUUUCUGAUUUGGUUUCGUUGACUUUUCCGUGUCUCAUUAUCUUGUAAAUCUCUUAUAAGUCUGUUGAAGUUGCUUGCCUGUCUUUUUUUUUUGUCGAUUUAAUAAGUUUGUUGCCAGAUCCUCUUAAUGUAAGAUAAGGAUCGUCGGUGUCCGUCAGGAGCUUGUGGAGGUUUUAGUGACUCGCGGCGUCCUGUGCGUUUAGAUAAAGUGCAAUAUAAUGAAGACUGAAUGAGGUCGACACAUCAGACUCACGGUUAUAGAUGUCCCAGCCAAAUCUUUCAUGUGCCUUCAAAAUUAUUAUUAUUAUUUUUUUAAAAUAUGCAUAUUGUGUUUUAUCCAUAGCUGUUCAGCAAUAUUUCGACAGCUAAAAUAUCGGAUUGCUUGGGUUGCGCUGAUCCAAGUGUGAGUUUCGUGUAGAAAACUGCAGGUUGUGUUUUACUCCAAAAAUCUAGAGGAAAAAAAUUAUUAUACUUUCCAUAAAGAAAUGAAAUCUUUUUAAGGAGCAAUAAGAUUUUUACCAGAUCUCCAAUAAUGCAAAAAACGGUAAUUUCCCACAAUGCAAGAAAGAAAAUCUCCCUCAGACGCAAUGACUGAUUUCUUUUUUCAGAUAUUUAUAGUGUAACAAAUACUGUACAUUUCCAAUUACAUUCCACAAACGCAAAAUGUCUUAAUGGUCCAAACUAGAUAUUUUUAAUGCAAGAUAUAUUUUCGUACUUGUGAUUUUGGGGUUAAAUGUGACCCCAUCAUCCUGAGAGUCGUGCCUUACGUGCUUUUUCAUAAAGGGCUGCGUCCUGCUGCUAAACAAGUGUUAGUACUGUUGUUGCGAUGGCAGAUUCAGGCAUCGGCCCGUAUUUUCCUGUUCAGAGAUGGUCAGUCAGGUUACUAUGUAAGGUCAGGUAUCUAACGCUCCACGAGAGUCGCUGGUCGUUUGUUUUUAGUGAACGCCUCGUUCCUUCAGAGCCAGCGAACGCCUCACAAACACCAAAACGCUGAUGUGUCUUCCCAGCCCAAAGACUGAAAUGCAGGCGUGCUAAUCCGUUCAGUGUAUCAUUACACGUCUCAUUCAAAGGAGUUGUUUGGGUUUAUGUUCUUAUUAUUAACUGACGAGUUUUAUUUUUGGUUUUGCAUGUUCAAAAAGAGGCCCGAUGUUGACCUAACGGCACUGUAUUUCAAUAUCCUCAUCUCACGUACACGUCUCACGAUUUCCAGUGUCGUCGUCGUCAUAGACGUCUCUUUACAUCUGGAUGCAGUGAAUUUAAUAGUAGGUGAGAUGCAGGCAUUAUGGGGUUUUGAUGUGUUUUUUACUCCGCUGAUAUGUGAUUUGCUUUCAGAACUGGAAGUCGUGGUUAAACCUUUUGCAAAACUGACACCGUUGAAUGGCAGUGUGCUGUGGAAACCUGUGACUAGACAGCCAAUGUUUUAAUAACUUUUUAGCUUUUUCUGAAUUGUCUGCCAAACUUGGCCAAAGAGACAAAACAAAGCUGUAUUGUGGAGUAACUGGACACGCGUGUCAACAUUCGAGUCACACCUGAUACCAUUCGCAAUGUGUUUCUGUCGUUAAAUCCAGGACAGUGUCUCGAAUCGUUCCUUACUUUGAAUUCAGUUUCCAAACUCCAUGUAAGUGUUGCUGGUGUGUGAGAGAAAUGAAACCUGUGCAAACGCUGAUAUCACUAUUAGGUGUGACGGUGGUGAAUGACGGGCGAUUGUGACAGUGAACUGCUUUCUGUUUCAUCUUUCAGAGCAAUAGUGCGGCUGUGUGUCUAUGGUGUGUGGUACUACAUUUAUACACUGGGAUUUUUGUCAAAAUUGCCUUUUUAUAACCAAAAAGAAUUGUAUAAAUGAACUAACCGUGAAAUGAUUUUAAAUUAUGCUAAAUAAAUUUUUACACACAA